CAGGAAGCCAUUGAGCAGACACACUGGAAUGAGUGAUCUGGAAAGAACAGCAUAAGAAAACGGAGUAGAAAACUGCAUAAGUGAAUAUAAAGCUCAAAUUCUGCAGUGUUACUCAUUGUGACUUUGAAACUGUGGCAAGUCUCCUGUGUGUUAAUAAGAUUGAUGGGCUAAAGAAGCAUGGCUUACUUUUGGAAAAUGCCUUUGACACAAGAUGAGUUACAAGAAGAACAAUCUGAGGAACAAGCGUCUUACUCAAUGUAUCAUUUUAAUCCUGAUAGCCAAGUCAGUCUAGGACUUGAUCAAAUAGUUGGUGAAGGCAGCAGUGAAAUACCCUUUUAUGGUCCAGCAUAUUCACAUGACCUUGAAGAAAAUGAUUUUUUCUUGGAUGCAGCAGAAGAACAUUUAUAUGGAGUAAAUCCACCUCAAAUUCCUCAUAGGGAUCUUUACUUUGGAAGCCCCACCUCACACUGGCAGCAAGUCAGGGUGCCACCAACAAUUGGCUUCAGACCUUCUUUGCUAUCAGGAUGUAGUAACCUCUCAGUUGAGAAUUCCUACCCCACAUACCCCAUUGGAACACUUUAUGACUAUUGUCCACAUGGAGGAAAUAACUUGAGUCCAACUGCAGAUGAAUUUGGGUCAGAUGUGGAGAAAGAGAAUAAAAAUCUGAAUUUCUAUAUAGGCUUUGAACAUAUAGACUAUCAAUAUCCCGUUUUCUCAGACGACAAUGCAAGUGGACAAGGAAUGAAAGCUAAAAGGAGAAAUGACAGUAAAGCUUUCCUUGUGAGCUCUGGGGAAACAUACUUACCAAACCUACCUAGAGAAUUGACCACAGGACCUAUCUGGACCAGCAUCAGCUCUGCAGACAGCACAGAGCUUGCAGGUUGGUCUAUCCAGCUGGUUGAAGUGAAUCAAGGGAGUAAUGAAAGUAUUGCCUCCUUUUGCAAUGGAGUGAAGAAAAUCAGAGACGCAUAUCCUGCUUUUGAUUUGACAACAAAUACUGGGAAGAUUUGGAGUAUCACAACAACAUUAUCAGAUGAGAUCCUUUGUAAAUCAAAAUUCAAAGUUAGCAUUUUGACAAACUGUUCAUCUCCUCCACUGCAUCUUACACCAUGUGCUAGCUGUAUUGUCCGUAACUUAGUUGUAGAGAUUCUCCAUUGCACAAAUCAAUAUCCAGCCCAGGAAGAGUGUUUUCUAAGUGUUUAUGGAUCUGAUGAAUUUUUGCAAAACGAUCAUGCUUUGGGCAGUCAUGAGAGUCUUCGCAAGGCAACCACCUCCAUUCAGCUUCGUCUACAGAAAGGCACCAGCUAUCAGCAAAGUUUGGCUCGAACGCUUGAAGAUGACCAAAGUCAAUUUAAUGUGAACCAGCUGCUACAAUAUACAUAUAUUUGGAAGGUGUCCAGGAAGAACCUUGUUACAUUUAUUAUGAAAUAUGGAGGUCAAGUGGAAUAUCUACUGCAAAAUGAGCAUAAAGUGGAUAAAGUGAUUGAAGAAGCUAAAGCAAUCUGCAGCGUUCUCUGUUCUGUGGAAACCAGGGCUAUUACUGAUGCAGUCAAGAAACUCCGUUCAGUGCCACUGGGAAAAACACAGAAUUCACUUCAAAACGUAGAAACUCCAGUCAGAGUCUUGAUAGAGAAUGCUGUGACAGAGCUGUCUGCAGCCAUCUCCCAUCUCAUCCAAGUUUUCAGCAGCAGCUUUCAGACAGAUUUUCAGCCUGCAAAAAUACUUAGAAGCCCUUCAUGUGCAGAUGAUGACCUAGAUCCCCACUUUAGCUUCACUGUUUAUGCAGCCCACAACAUUCCAGCAGCCUGGCUGAAAAGCUACAAGCUCUUCUCUUUUUCCUGUUCUUUAACUUAUGGUGGGAAGAAAAUAUGUCAAGUGAAGAACUGCAAAAAUAUACCAGUUAAGAAGUCUUUUUUUUUCCUGGCAAACUGGAAUGAGAAAAUCAACUUUCCUGUACUAAUAAAAUCUCUUCCUAAUGAAACAAUAUUGACAAUAAAACUAUUUGGAGUAAACAGUGUGUCUAAAAAUACAGAAAUACUGGCUUGGACAUGUUCCCCCUUGUAUCAAAAACAAAUCAUCCCAUCAUGCUAUACCACCUGCUCUUCCUGCUAUUUGCAUCAUUCUUCUAUGCAAAAAGAAAUGCCCAGUUAUUGCCAUCCUGUCUCCAGACUUGGUUCUAGAGACCUGCAAUCCAUAAAGUUCAUUCAUGGAACCGUGCUGCUUAGCAUGGCAUUAUACAGUGAGCCUCCAACAACCAUGAUAGCUCCGGGCAUUUGUGACACUAGUCUGCCAGCGCUAGUGACACUGCAGGUUGACUUUCCAGAUACUAAUUUGGAGUUUAUUAAACCUGACCCUGAAGAGAAAAGAGAUGACCUUGAAGAGCCAGCUAAAGAGUGCUUGAAGCAUAUAGCAAGACUUUCACAGAAACAUUCUCUCUUGCUGUUGUUAGAGCAAGAGAGAAGAUUUUUAUGGUUUUAUCGUUCCUACUGCAAUAAUGAAAACUGUUCCCUUUCUUUGGUACUGGGCAGUGCCCCCAGUUGGGAUCGAAAGAGCAUAUCAGAAAUGUACACAGUGUUGCGGGAAUGGAGCUUUUCUAACCCUUUGGAGGCACUUGGGCUUCUGACUUUCAGUUUUCCAGAUCAAGACAUUCGCAGAACUGCAGUCCAACAAAUGGAAAAUCUGUCAAAUGAUGAAUUGUUAGAAUACCUUCCACAGCUGGUUCAGGUUAUCAAGUUUGAGUGGAGUCUUGAAAGCCCUCUUGUGAAACUUCUGCUAUGUCGCUCUCUGCAGAGCAUCCAAGUAACUCAUCGACUUUACUGGCUGUUAAAGGAUGCACAGAAUGAAGCUCAUUUCAAAAGCUGGUAUCAGAAACUACUAGCUGCUGUCCAAUUCUGCGCAGGAAAAACCUUAAAUGAUGAGUUUUCUAAGGAGAGGAAACUUAUCAAAAUUCUGGGAGAUGUUGCUGAAAAAGUCAAGGCUGCCAGUGAUCCCAAAAAACAGGAGGUACUAAAGAUGGAAAUCAACAAACUUAAGCAGUUCUUCCAGGAGGUAAAUGUUUGCCGGCUUCCCCUGAAUCCUGCAGUUGUUGUACGAGGCAUAGAUGCAGAUGCAUGUUCAUAUUUCACAUCCAAUGCUUUUCCAUUGAAAAUCUCCUUCAUCAAUACAGAGACACUGAGUAGAAACAUCAACGUUAUUUUUAAGGUGGGAGAUGACCUACGUCAGGAUAUGCUGGUUCUGCAGAUUAUUCGUGUGAUGGACAGAAUUUGGAUUCAGGAGGGACUUGAUAUGCAAAUGAUCAUUUAUAAGUGUUUAUCUACAGGAAAAGGCCAAGGACUAGUACAGAUGGUGUCAGAUGCUACAACUCUAGCCAAGAUCCACAGGGAGUCUGGACUGAUAGGACCACUGAAGGAAAACACAAUUAAAAAAUGGUUCAGUCAUCAUCAUCCUUUGGAAUCAAGUUACCAAGAGGCAAUAAAGAAUUUCUUUCAUUCCUGUGCUGGCUGGUGCGUUGUUACCUUCAUUCUGGGAGUCUGUGACCGACACAAUGACAACAUCAUGCUGACAAACGCUGGCCACAUGUUCCAUAUAGAUUUUGGAAAGAUUUUAGGUCAUGCACAAAAAUUUGGAAGCAUAAAAAGGGACCGAGCACCUUUUAUCUUCACUUCAGAGAUGGAGUAUUUCAUCACAGAAGGUGGAAAAAACCCACAGCGUUUCCAAGAGUUUGUGGAACUUUGCUGUCGAGCUUAUAAUAUAGUCAGGAAACAUAGCCAAUUGCUCUUGAACCUGCUGGAGAUGAUGCUGCAUGCAGGGUUGCCUGAGCUGAACAGCGUCCACGAUUUGAAGUAUGUGUAUGAUAACCUUCGUCCACAGGACUCAGACCUCCAAGCCACGAGCCACUUUACCAGGAAAAUAAAGGAAAGUUUAGAGUGCUUCCCUGUAAAACUCAACAACCUAAUCCAUACACUCGCACAAAUGUUAGCCACGGGCUUUGCCAAGCCUACAGAUUCACAGAGUGUUCCUCGGGAAUCCAACAUGCUGGAUGCAGAGAGGUCAAUUGCCCAAGCAACCAUUUUAGGGUUCAGCAAAAAGCCUGACUCUCUAUAUUUAGUCCAGGUGGUGCAAACCUGCCAGGUGGUCACCUUUGUGGAAAAAUCAUUCGAACAAUUUUCAAAACUUCACAGCCAUCUACAGAAGCAAUUUCCAUCACAUACCCUCCCGGAGUUUCCCCACUGGUGGCAUUUACCUUUUACGGAUCUUGAACACAAAAGAAUGAAAGACUUAAAUCUCUAUGUGAAGCAGUUAUUGAAUGGAUCCAGCAACCUGUCUAAUAAUGAGCAUGUCCUCAGCUUUUUCCUCGAUGGGUCCAAAACCGACUGGCUAGAAGAAUCUGCACUUGUUAGCCUAGGUCCUAAAUCUACUGAACAGAAACCUGGAGUGCAGUUAGUCAUAUCCUAUGAGAGCACCCACCUGACAAUAUUGUUGAAACAUAUGAGGAAUAUUCAUCUCCCAGAUGGCUCUGCCCCAACUGCACAUGCUGAAUUUUAUCUUUUACCAGAUCCUGAGGAAGUCAGCAGAAGGAAGACGAAAGCCGUUCCAAAAAGCACUGACCCUACUUAUAAUGAAAUUGUAGUAUACGAUGCAGUGACCGAGCUCCAAGGACGUGUGUUACAGCUUAUUGUGAAAAGCAAAGGAACAUUUGUGGGAGCUAUCAACAUUCAGCUGAACAGUGUCCCAUUAAAUGAAGAAAAGUGGUACCCAUUGGGGAACAGUAUAAUUUGAACAUUUCUUUAGAUAACUGAAAUAUUCAUUUAUUAAUAUUUCUUUUUCCCUUUUCUCAUGGGCCAUUUUGGCACAUUAGCCGAAAUAUUUGCCUUUGAGAAUAUAACAUGCAGUAAACUGCUAACCAUAUAUACAUUGAAGUACUAAUCACAAGAAAAUUAUCUCUUUUUCAUGAUCCGUUGCCAUUUAGCUGUCUUCAUAGGAUUACUACCUUUACUUGCAACAAGUUCCCAUUAGCCUGGGUGUAAAAAGGCUUGCAGCCUGCAAUUUCAGUUAUCUUGGAUAACAUUUCUUACGGCAACAAGCAAGAUUUUUGCUCCUGCUGAUCACUAUUAUUUGUAUACGGCUAGAUGUGUUUUAUGUAUCCCUAAACCUGUGAUGCUGGAGCCUUAUGCAAAGCCCAUUUAAGGCCAUGGCUACACUGGCGCUUUACAGCACUGCAACUUUCGCGCUCAGGGGUGUGAAAAAACACCCC